GCAGAAGAUGGUCCAAGUGCUUGGAUCCCUGCCAACCACAUGGGAGUCCCAGAUGAGGGCCCUGGCUCCUGCCUUCAGCCUGGCCCAGAGCUGGCUGUUGCAGCCCUUUGUGGAGUAAACCAGUGGAUACAAGAUCUCUAGCUCCCCUUCUCUCUCUGCUGUGCAAACAAACAAAUCAUUACAAGCAUAUUUCUGUUCCACACACAAGUUGAUGACGGGUACUAAUGUCAAGGCUUAAAGAAGAAGACAAGACACUGGAAGGUCCGGGAGGACAAUAUCUGAUUUGAUCAAAUCUAGCCACUAAUGACACAGACAGAGAAAUGAUGCAAAGGAAGGAAGGUGGAUAAUGCCAAGCUCACGUAACAGGAAUCAGGUCUGCUUUUCAGUUGUCCAGGCUACUUUGAAGUUAUCAGACAAAAAGUGGAUUGGUGAACCAUGUGCACAUCCCACGAAUGAGUCAAAGACCCUGUAUCCCAUGUGACCUGACACCCUCUUCUGUAUUUAGCUCUAAUUUUGCAUUAGAUAUAUAGGACACCAGCCAUAGGCUCACUCAGUAUUGUCCCUUGUAUACCUGAUGACACCCCUAGAGUAGAUCUAGAAUGAUGUCCCAAGAGGCACAGUAACUGAUUCAGGGUACCACCCUGGUCAAAGUCAGGAAUUGGAAAUAAGGUUCCAUGUGUCUGUCACUGUGGUAGCAGCCAGGAAGACCAUAGGCCCUGCAGGGAGGGUUCAUUGGUGUCAUUGUGUAGAGAAACAGAGACAGCAUGGGACAGAAGGGUGGGAAUACAUUCACUCGCAGGGUGAUUUGAGGACUUUGGAUGAGAGAAGAGGGGUGAGAUAAGGAAGCCCCAACCGUAACCUCGCCACUUAGUGACAGGCCACAACAGAUCCUGUAACCCCGGUAACCAGGCAUGAACAUUCUAGAGAGAUGCCCCUGCGCAGCUCAUUUGGUGAGAGACGCUUGACAGAACAAGAUGUUCUCUUGCUGUGUUCCCACUUCUAGAGGCCAUGGCCCGAGAAACCCGCGUGAUGAGGGGUUGUGGCAGCAAUUUCGACAUUGGUUCUCCCCUCACCCCCAUCACCCCCAGCCAUGUAGCACAUGGCAACCACAGAGCUCCAAGCACAACAGAGGUCAGAAGUUGCUGAACAAGGUCCUGUACUCCAUCUCCUGCAUGGAGAAACAGGAGGCCAACAGAGGCCGCUGUUGGCCCAGGGUGAAAAAGCCAUCUAAACUGAUCAAGUAUGAUGCCCUUGUUGGGUGGAGGGCCCAGGGGGACACGCUGCAGAAGCUGGUGGACCGGCUGGUGCCUGCCUUCCUGGGCUUUGAGCCCUUGUAUGUUCCUGCCUUCCUGAGAAGCUACAGAGCUUUUGCCACCACCGGGCAGGUGCUGAACGCACUGUUAGGAAGGUUCCCAUGGUUCCCUCCUACUGAUGAAGGUGUACUCCAGGACGCAGUCAAACAUGCUAUCUCAUCCAUCCUGGCCACCUGGCUGGAGCAAUACCCGGAAGAUUUCAAUCAUCCCCCGCAGUACACCAGUCUGCACGUGCUGCUGGACUACGCACAGCUCCUCCUGCGUGACUCAGAGCUGGGGCACCGUGUGCAACUCCUCCUGGGACGAUUGCAGCACCCGGAGCCCACUGAGGCAGAACUAGAGGGACCAGCGGAAGCUCCAAUUCCACAACAAGAGCUUGUGCCACCUCCAUCUCUGUUGCCAGAUGGAGUUCCACAGGCAGAAGAGGCUCGCAUACCAGCUCUGGAAACCUCCAGGGAGCUCACACCAGACCCCACUCUGGCAGCAGCUCCCACUGCAGAGCCAGUGAAUAUCACAGAUUCAGAUCUAGACCCCACCGCAGACUCUGAUCUACUGCAACCUUCUGGGCAGGAAAUGCCUGUUGCUGAGUCCCAAGAGCUUGAGCUCUUUGUAGCUCCACAGCUGGCACCUGUCCCUGGGCCAGCGCUCACAGCCCCCUCCCUUACUACACAAUAUGUAGUAAUGUUCAUCUUUCUCCUUUACCUCCGCGUAAGAAAUUACUAUUCUGUAUACUAUAAAAUUCACUUUCAAUAAAAUUUCCUAUUUUAACUUUUUAAGGUAUUCUAUGGCAACCACUUUAAUUAAUGCUGUGUGUCCAUCACCACUGUGUCACUCUGGAACCUUUCAUCCAUCUGUACUCCCCAAGUCAUUGCCCUCAACCAUCCAUCCCUAGUCCCUGGCAAACUCUUCACUGUCUUCACGCCUGUAACUACAAUGGAUGUCACGUAUCCAUGUACUAACACAGUAAAUGGCUUGUCGUUUCUUGCCACUGCAUAUAAAACCUGUUGGUUACAUUCUUUUAUUUUCUUUAAAGACUUACUUAUUCUUAUUUGAAAAGCAGAAAAAGAGAUAGAGUGAGAGAGUGAGAGAGAGAGAAAGAGAGGGAGAAUGUCCUCCAUCGUCUGGCUCUUUUCCCAAAAGGCAGCGAUGGCCAGGGAAGGGCCAGGCCAAAGCCAGGAGCUUUUUCCAGGUUUCCCAUGUGGACACAGGGUCCCAGCUUCUUGGGCCAUCCUCUACUGCUUUCUCAGGUGCAUUAGCAGGAGCUGCAUCAGACAUGGAACAGCCGGAACUCAAACUGGCACCCAUAUGGGAUGCUGGAUUUGCAGGCAGCAGAUUAACCAGUUAACACUACAACACUGGCUCAUAUGUUUUUGUUUUAACAAAAACAAUUUAAAAAGAAUAUCCUGGAGAAAUCAAAGUUUAUAUGUUAAAAAUAAAUCAUCAAUAAUAAAUAUUUUCACAAUCUUAGAAUAGGAAAUAUUUUCCUAUGACAUGAGAGCUAGAUAAGAAGCAAGUGCUUUUGUAGCCAAAAGAAAAACAGAAAACAUUAAAAGCUGGGGGACCAUCCUCAAACCAGAAAGUGUUCCAUUCAGGCCAUGUCCAGAAUCAUGGUUCAUAUCCUAGGGACACUUAGAACUUUCUGGAAUCAAGUGUUUCUAUUUUUAAAAUAUUGAUUUGAGAGGCAGGAUGAAGGGGGCAGGGGCAGAGGAGAGAAAACAGGGAGCACUCAGCACUCCAGUCUGCUGGUGGGACCUUUCAAAAUAUUUUCUAUAACCUUGAAUUGUUCUCUCAGUAUAUACAAAAAUAAUCACAUUUUGUGGUUAUAAAAAGAAGAAUGCAUUGUAUUAGCAACUAUCCACACAAUUCACCUAUUAUGAAAUUCUUUAAUUCUUUUUUUUUCCAAUUCUUCUUUUUUUUUUUUUUUGACAGGCAGAGUGGAUAGUGAGACUAUUACGAAAUUCAAGUUGAUUAGCUAGUCUGAAUUUUAUAGCAUUUCUGACAAAGAGAGAACUAAUAACUAUUUAAUAGAGUAAAACAAGCAGUCCAGAUUAACUGCAAAAUGAAAUAAAGGAUGAUGAUGUGGUCCCUUCACCCGCAAGUGUUGCCCACUCUGUGAGGUUCUCCUCCUUCCCAGCCUCACGCUGAGAUUCAGGUCUGUGUGUCUUACCUGGAUGGGGACACACCCAGGCCAUGUGUUCUUCUGUCAUCUCCUGUCAGCUUGGGGUGAAAACAGUUGGUUUCCUGUCCCUUGUGCA